AUGCCUUUUAGGCCCAGUUGCAUCAUCUGCUGCUCAGACUGCGACACAGACGGCCUUUUCACGAGUUGCCAGCACUUCCUUUGCACUCGCUGCACGGCCCGCUACCCCCCAGGGCAGUGUCCACGAUGCCGCAAGCCGUGCAAAGCCGUCAAGGCAGGAGCGGCUCUCCCAAAGGAGGUGCAGGAACGCAUGGCACGAGAUCCCCAACGAUUGCUGACAUUUGCCACACAAACGCUCGAGUUUCAGCGGCGACAGGAGCAGCAGACCCUGCAGCGUCUUCGAGAAAUUGUGACGACCCUCAAUCAAAGCAACCGCAGCAUGGCCUCUCAGAUCAGCGCCGCGAAGACAGAGCGAGAAAAUCUUCUCAACAGGAUCAAGCGACUGCAGGGUCAAAUUUACGCCCAACAGCAGCAACAGCAACAACAGAUGACACAGCGCACUGCGGAUUCACAUAUUGCUGGGGAUAACAGCGGUGUUAAAUACGGCUCUGGCGGGCAGGGGAUGUCGUCGCGGGCAAUGCCUGUUUUUUUGCAGAACGGCGUGGUGCCAAGCCCAAACAAUGCGGCGAUUUGUGGUUGGCUGUCAUCCCCCGCGAUGGGUUCUCGUGCAACGACACCCUUGGGAUGGAGCCAAUCGAAGCGACCGCGAGACGAUGGCCACCACACACCCAACAGCAGCAACAACAACAACAACAAUAAUAAUAAUAACCACAACAGCGAUGAUGUCAGUGGUGCGGGUUCCGGGGAAUUGGCGCGGUUUCGUCUGGCAACGCCCGCCAUCACGCUGCGCAACGCACUACCUGGCAUGCGUGAUGCCGCUCCAGUACACCAAAUGGACUGCGCUGCUGCCAUGUCGGCACCCAAACAACUGAAGAGCCUUUUGAGCCGGGGGCCAUGA